AUGGUGAAAAGACAGCGAUCGUCCAGCUGCGUAGCAACACCCCACAAAGUUUCAAAGUUAGACACGUCUUUACAGGAUGGCUCUAGCUGGUCAGGAUCACCACAUAUUGCUUCUGGAUUCACUCUCCCAGAACUCUUGGACUUCACCUCUCUCGAAUCGGACCACGCUAUUUGCUCUCGUUUUGAUAACAUUGCUUCAGCACUCUUUCACGAGUAUCGACUGUUGGCGGCGUCUCCAGAGACGCGUACAGAAUUCGAGAUCCUUGAGGUGGAAUUCUACUUGCACAAAUCAAGUUGUCAUGAAGAUCCUUUCACACAUGGGAGCGACGAGCAGAAGCAGAGCGGGAACUGGUAUUUUCAUCGCGCACCUCGAAAGGCUCGUGUCUCGCAGCUCAGUGUGACAGCUGCAGGCGGAUACAGAGGUGGGACGCGCAAAGGGUUGGACCUAACGAUAGGGGCUCCUGCAACGCCCAAAUCUCGAUUUUUCACUGAAUCUACCAGUCAGAUGCUCGACCCUCCUCUGCUUCGUGGAGGCGUUCUUUUGCGUACCCUACGGAGGAUGUCUGACUCGACAAUAAUCUCGGGGCCAUCACUCCUCGUAGAUGAAUUGCUCCGUGUCAGUGAAGCUUCGAAUAUAGCCAAACUGGUUACAGACAAAUGGAGCGGAGAUACUUCUGCAUUCCUUAUAUCUGCCUCAAGUGAGACAAGGACAACGUGCUUGCACCUAGUGCACGUGCAGCCAUCACGGACGCAGAGCAGUGCUACUAUCUAUCGGUCUCCCCGUAUCGGCCUCGAGCUCUCUCAUCCGGACAUCACGUUGGAAAGAUUGGCAACACAUCCACGCGUCGUCUAUGUCGCUAAACCAUAUCGCUAUUUCAUCCGUCCUCACUUACUCACGGCUAACGGCCGCGCCCAGACAUUUCUCGGUGUCUAUCAUGCAUGCAUGGACUCCAAAUCAUUUACACAAGAUAGCGAGCUAUGCUACACGAUUACGCGGAUCACAGGGCUCAAAGCGCCGACUGUGGUCAAAUACCUAGGCGAAUACAAUCACGGGCUCGCGAAAGGAUCGCUGACGGCCUUCAUUGGUGCUGCGGGGAAGGGAGUUUCAGCCUCUCCUACACGUUUUCUCAGAAUGAUGGGGACACUCCGAAAGGUUUCCACAGAACAAGAAAAUCAUUCCUGA